CACUCCUUUCUCGCCGCUUGUGACCCUCUCGCUUCCAAGAUCUGCCACUGCUCCUCCCCAACGAGAGGCAGCCAGCUCCUUUAGCCCGUCUAUCAAUCAUGGGCAAGACUAAGGUGUCGAAGAAGUCCUCGGACAAGGUGGCGAAGAAGGACAAGAAGGUGAAGAAGGCCGCGGCGGCGCCGGUUGCCGCUGUGACCGUGGUGGCCAAGGUUGCUAAGGCUGACAAGGCCUCGGGGAAGAAGAAGAAGGACAAGAAGCCCAAGAAGAAGGCACCCCCGCCGCCGCCGCCUUCCAGCUCGUCGGAGGAGUCCUCGGAGGAGGAGAGCGAGGAAGAGGUAAAGCCCAAGGCUGUGGCCGCCAAAAAGGCAGCGAAAGAGGAGGAAAGCAGCGAUGACGACAGCUCCUCUGAGGAAGAGUCUUCGGAAGAGGAGGAGAAGCCCAAGGCCAAGACAGCGGCAGCGGCACCCGUGAAGAAGGCGAAGGCCGAGUCGAGCGAUGACGACAGCAGUGAUGACAGCGAGGACAGCGACGAUGACGAGGAGGACAAGAAGGCCGCUCCCGCCCCGAAAAAGAAGGCCGCCCCCGCCCCGACGAAGAAGGCCGCCGCCGCUGCGAAGAAGCAGGAAAGCUCAUCCGAGGAAUCCUCUUCUGACGAAGAGUCUUCGGACGAAGAAGAGGAGAAGCCCAAGGCCAAGGCCGCCACCCCCGCCAAGAAAGCGGACAAGAAGGCUGAAAGCUCGGACGGCGACAGCGACGACUCCUCCGAGGAGGAAUCUGACGAUGACGAGGAGGAUAAGGAGAAGCCGAAGGCGAAGACCGCCGCCAAGUCUGAGGAAUCGUCCGAGGACGACUCCGACGAUUCAGACGAGGACUCGGACGACGAUGAGGAGGAGGAGGAGGAGGAGGAGAAGCCGAGCAAGAAGAGAAAGGCCGAAGACGCGGAAGAGGGAGACGCCAAGAAGGCGAAGAGCGAGAACAGCAAAAUCUACCUCCGUGGCCUGCCGUGGGACACCCCUGACGACGACGUGAAGGACUUCUUCAAGUCCUGCGGCAACAUCGUGACCGUGGAGCAGCCCAAAAACCCCGACGGGCGCUCGAGCGGCACCGCGUACGUGACCUUCGACAGCGCCGCCGCGGCGACGAAGGCCAUCGAGCUCGACGGGCAAGAGCUUGGGGGCCGGUGGCUCAAGAUCAUGAUGUCGUUCGAGAAGCCCGACCACGCGCGCAACGGGGAGCCUAAGGUUAAGCCGGCCGGCUGCACGACGGUGUUCAUCGGGAACCUCUCGUGGUCCAUCGACGAGGACACCAUCCGCCAGACGUUCGGCGAGUGCGGCGACAUCAAGAGCGUCCGCUUCGCCGAGGACAGGGAGACGGGAGAGUUCAGGGGAUUCGGGCACGUGGAGUUCUACGAUGGAGACCACGUUGAUGCCGCCAUGAAGCUCGCGAACAGCGACGUCAUGGGCCGACCCAUUCGCGUUGACUACGCUGCACCCCGGGCACCCCGCGACGACUCGUUCGGUGGCGGCGGUGGUGGCAGGGGCGGCGGCAGGGGCGGCGGCAGGGGCGGCGGGCGUGGGGGAGGACGGGGCGGGGGAAGAGGUGGUGGUAGGGGUGGGGGUGGAGGCGGCGGGUUCAACGCCCGCGCGAAGCAGGGGAUCCAGUCCUUCCAGGGCACCAAGAAGUCGUUUGAUUGAUUAUGGCUUACGUUUGGAUUGCGCAGACUUGGUCGAUUUCAAGGACCGGUGGGCAGGAGGGAGGAUUCGAAUGAGAGGUUCAAGAGGGUUGAUGCGCAAGUGGGUGUGAGUUCUGUUGUUUUACGGAGUUGAAUGUAUCAGUCUUUCUUGUUGGAGCAGUUGUAUUCGUCGUCUUCAAAACGAUAUCGUUGUUUGUGGGUGUGGGUUUUUGUCUUUCGCUAUAUCGUAUUUUGCUGCGGUGAACGCUUGUGUGUUGCACAGCUGAUGAAGACUUGCCUUCACCCAGCAAAAUACUUUCUUCCUGUUCCAUCAUGAAGCGGUUUGGUCAUAGCGUUAACUAUCGGAGCGGCAUUGCGCAAAGCUCGUACGCAUUUGAGGUAAGGCAGUUGAGGGUGCCAAGAAGCGGGAGCUGAGUGAUAAAAGAGUCUCCCUGUUUCCUGUUCCCCGACAGGACUCUGCUUCUGUCGUUGUUGGCCACGUGGAGCACUUGUGUUGAUAUGUAUCCACGUGUGUGUUUUGCUCAACACAGUGCGAGGGGGGUACACACAUGGCGUUCAUCGUCUAUCUGGCACCACCGUUCAUUUGCUCGUUCUUGGUGACCUGUCCCGCGACCCGACCCUCUGGGAUUUUUCGGCUGAUGAGGAAGGAUGCAACACCGUCGUGACGACGAUAAAGAGAGACACCCGAUUUGUGAGAUUACCAGGCUUGUUAGGGGUGGGUUGAGGGACACACGACGACUGACAGGAGCUGUUGCUUCACGAACUCGAACUGUUGGUUGAAAUGUUACUUCCUGGCUACCCCGUUCUCGAGUCUGUGGAGGCCCUGACCCAUGAGAGAUUCCAAAAGUGUGAUCUGUCCCGACCCGAAUAAAUAAUGAGUGCCCCAGAGAACGACCCUGAGAACGACACACGACAGAUGGAAUGACUUGACCCGACCCGACUCGACCCGUGACCCUUUGGGCGUCUAAGGUUCUUUUUUUUGAGACCCCGACCGCCGAUCCGGACCCUGAUUAUGUAACGAUUUUGGUUUUGUUUUUUCCGUUUUGACGGAUCCCUUCUUUGGCCCCCCUCUGCUGGUUUGUUCGACUCGUAGACGUUGCCUUGGAUGUCCUGGUCUGUCUGACCCGCGAAGUGAGCACGUGCCGGGAGGUAGCUGUUACUGCUGUUGUUUGGUGCGAGAGGAAAGUCGAAGCAAGUGUUGUGCUAUACUACAGAGCCCGUUGUUGCAUUGUUAUUGGAAGGGGUGGCGGCGAGGAACAACUGUUGCAGAUUUUCUGCUCCGCGCACGACCUCGCGGUUUCGCCUGUUGUAUGCAAGUUCUACCUGGCGGUGCAUUUCCGACGUCAUGUGGACACGACACCCGAGGAGAAGGGCACCAGCUAUAGCUCCCAGUAAGAGCUGUGCGAUAUAGGUGCAGAGUAGGUUGGUUCGUUCUUUCGACCGAUCACCCAGCGCUGCACAAACUUGGCAUUUGGUGUCAAGAGUUGUGCCAUGCCUGUCGUGCACAGCGUGUAGAAGGGAAUGGAAAUUGGCCGUCGGGCUGCCGGUACGGCGGUAGUAGCGUUGGAGAAUUUCGUGUCGUCUCGGCACGGUGCUGUGUCAAGUUAUUUGUCCCAGCGAUCCGGUGUGGCGAGGGUGAGAGCUUGAAAGUACGAACGGACCGGUGGAAGAUCGUUGUACAUGUCUACAAGCACCUUCGAUGAUUCUGGAAGGCCUUGAUUUAUUCGUGUUUAUUGUAGAGAGCAAGCGAAACCAGUUUGGGCAAGUUGACUGUCGUCCAACGAGUUCCUGGAAUGAAGACGCUGUUAUCGUUGCGGUUCCUUCUUGUGCUGUUUUUUUUUUUCAGUAACUGUGAAUUGAAACGGUGCAUGCCUUUCCUUUCAUCCGACGGGAACCAGAGGAGGAAUUGGGAAGUUGUUUGCUGUCGAACCGUCGCGAACGUCAAAGCCCCGUCGCACGAUAGUAAGUACCAGACAAGAGCGGGGCACGCGAAGAACUGCCAUACAACGAGUUGAGGCAGAGAACCACCCGAGAAGUCACCGAAUUCACCACUUGCUGACAUUCUGAAGCAGUUUUCAUU